AUGAACAAGUUCUUCAACGCACUGCUCCUGCUAAUAACUCUGGCAGAAUACGCCCAGCGUUCUGAGGCUGCCGUCUGCGACCGCAUCACCUGUCGUCUGCCCCGAUGCCAUUGUCCCACCUCGCGGCCACCAGCAGGAUUUCGACCCAAAGACACGCCCCAAAUGGUUUUGGUUACAUUUGACGACUCCGUGAAUUUCAACAACAUUCGUUAUUACGAGGAACUAUUCCCGAAGAACAAUCCACUGAGAAACCCUAAUAACUGCACCAUCGGUGGCACCUUUUAUACAUCGAAUAUUGGCGUUGGGAAUACGGUGUAUCACCAUAUUCGUAAACUCUGGGACGAAGGGCACGAGAUCGCCAGCCACAGCAUCUCCCAUCGCUCCCCUCCCUCCUGGUGGGAUCAAGCGACGUACAACGAUUACGUCGAGGAAAUAGUCGGCGAGAAGGACAUGAUCAGCAAUCAGGCCAGACUGCCGCCUGAGGAAAUUCGUGGCAUGAGGACCCCGUUCUUGCAAAUCGGCGGCGACAGCCAGUUCAAAAUGCUCUACGACAACAACUUUACGUACGACUCUUCCAUGUUAACAGGCAAGUACAGCGCCGAGCAGAUUCACAACACCCCUCCCAUAUGGCCAUACACCCUAGAUACCCCGCCAGAGAACUACCUCUGUGAUAUCACCCCUGGAAACUGCCCUAGACGUCCCUAUCCUGGGCUCUGGGAAAUCCCGCUUAAUCGCAUGUACGGCGUCGACGGAAAAGCCUGCGGAAUGGCCGACAGUUGCAGGACGACGACGGAAGAAGACACCUUUAACUACCUUCUGCUCAACUUCCUUAACGACUACUACAACAACCGCAGAGCACCUUAUGGCGUCUAUGUCCACGCUACUUGGUUUAACAGGAAAAAUCGCUUCACAUUAGGCGGACUGAAAAAAUUCAUGCGUUAUAUUAACCGCAUGCCAGACGUUUACAUGGUGACUUCGUAUCAAGUGAUUCAGUGGAUGCGACAGCCGACCCGCUUGGCCGAUAUCAAAAACUUCCAGCCGUGGAAAAGCAGGCGUCAGCAAUGCUGA